CUUUGGCCUGCCAGCGUCCCAGUUCCGCGUCUCUCUUUCUCGUGCUUCCCCCUUCUUCUCCCACUCUUUCACUGGUCUUCUUGUUCGUCCAGAAACGAAGGGAAUUGCGAAUUGCGAAAGCAUUUUCGAACAAAAUACAUUUCUAAUCAGAACGCAAAGCCAAUUUGCGGACAAUGGGUGCAGCUCUCCUCGAGCUCGAGCAAGUCCUCAGAUCCCAAAAGGAGUACUUGACUGCACCAGAAGCACAAUUACUCCAAGUGUGCAAGAGCAGUGCUAUUAGGGCAUUCACCUUUGGUGCAUUUCUUGGAGGUUCUACUGCCUGGGCAGUGACUUGGAGGCUGAGUAGGGUGUUACGUGUAAACAUCUCCGGUGGAGCUGCUGCUUUCCUGGGAUUUUGGAGAUUUGGCCAUUCCCUAGAGUCAUGUGUUGAUCAUAUUCUUUCAAAGGAUGGGAGUCGGUUACAGAGAGAGUUGGCAAAUCUAAUGGUGAAGAAUCACUCUCAUAUUCCCUGGGCCAAGCAGCUUCUAUGCAAACGAUUCUACAUGGAGACUGUUUAUAAUGACACAGGGUCGGGCGAAGCCAUGCUGAGGUGGCGUCACAGGAAUUACUCUGGCGACAGUGAACAAAAGACAGGCAACAGUGAUCACCACAAGGAUUCUGAGGACAGAAAUGCGAAUGACCAAGAUCACCACAAUCAUUCGUUGAAGGAAACAGAUACUAUUAAGAAGGUUGAUAAUUCGAAGCCAAAGCAAGUUACUGUUACUCCAACAACUGUAAGUUCCUUCGAUCAACAUAGAUUGUUUUGUAUCUUUGGGUUUUACGGAGCUCCUAACAAGCUUUUCACCUCAUUUCAAAUGAACUUGGAGUCUCAGCAAGCUCAUAUAGCAGAAGACCCUAUCAGUAGCAUUUUUGGUGGCGUAGCACCACCAGUGGAGGAGAUCCAUCACCCGGCUACUCCUCCAGGCAGUGGACCUAGAGCAACCCACCGUAGUCACAGACAAUCUCACCGCCGUAAUAGGCGUAGAAUGCGCCUUCAUCGAGAAUCUACCUUGUGACUUGGAGAGUAUGUAGUAACAUACAUCACUGUCCAGCAUCAUGAUCAUCAUCGUGUCAGGAGAUGCUACUGCACAUCCUUGAAGCAGUUCGCUGGCAAUGAAAGGACACAUAAAUAAUGUCCCGUAGUGACUUUCUUUUGAGGAUGGAGGUCCCCUCUUGUGGGCAAAACCAUAUUUGUGCAAUGUAUAUGACUAUAUGGAUGACCAAAUCAGGACCGUGAAACAGUUUUCCUGACUGAUAUGGGGAAUCUUUGUUUUCACUUUUCUUUUUCUCCAAAUAAGUGUCAGCAGUUCAUAGUGUAAAGCGUUUUUAUUAUUGAUUUCCCAUUUUUCACUUUUCUUCUGGUUUUGGUCUUUUCGUAGGUG